UCGUACAGAAGCAAAGCAUGUAGGCAGUUGUACAACACAACACACUAUAAGGAUGGCUGCGAUUAAAAGUCAUCGAAUGACUGGCUUGAAGUCGUCAAAGAAAGGCACAAUGUUGGAUGAAUUUAUUAGUCCUGUAAAGAGAAUAAAUGUUCCGAACCAUAUCCUGGAUACAAAAAUCUUCAAUAAACUUUCGCAAAAUUCUGUCACGAAAGUUCAACCUGAUGUUGUUCAUUUUUCCGGCUACAAACUUCAUAAAACUCAUAAAACUUCGAUCAAAAUAUGCAACGCAUCUCCUCAAAGACAGAACCUUCAUAUUAUCCCACCUGCAACAAAGUAUUUUUCCAUCCAAUACACUAAACCGGAUAGAUUGGUUCCUGGGUUUACAAUUGAAGUAAUUAUCAACUUCACAGCCGAUGAAUGGAGAUAUUAUUAUGAUUGUAUUCGAAUACAUUGCAAGGGUGAAGAAAACUUAAUAGUUCCCCUUCAUGCCUUCCCUGUCAUGGACACGAGUAAAUUUCCACGGAAACUUGUUUUCCCUCAAAGUGGGAUUCGACUCGGUGAGAGUUGUCGUAAGAUCCUCCCCCUGCGUUCCCACUCACCUGUGGAAUUUGAAUUCCAAAUCUCUGUGUUACAAUCUCAUCCAUCCAUUGUCGUCAACCCUCUGUCAGGUAUUGUACCUGGUGAAGGAGGGACCGAUAUUUCAGUAACUUUCACCCCAAUGGAAUAUGUGACUGCCCACAUGACAAUGCAACUUGUCAUAUCACAAUUCAACACAAAACCUUUGCUUUGUGAUGUCACAGCAAGUUGUUCUCCUUCUGCUACUGUACAACUUACCAGAUCAGUAAAAGAUUUGGAUGAAGUUUACAAACAAACCAAACUUCUUGACCCUCGAUGUAUUUCGCCGAUACAAAUAGCUCGGAGGAGACAACGACAUAGGAACGUUCCGUUGAUACGAAGUUUUCCAAACAAAGAUUUUGAAUACGAGGGUUUACAAUUUCCAGCAAAUGUAAAUUCUCAACACGCUGUAAACAGCGUGCUUAUGCAACACAAGGGGAAACUAAGGGUGAAGGAUCUUAGAAUAAAACAAGAAGCGGAGUCGACGUUAGUUACUACUGUUGCAACGAAAUCCACUGACUCACUCACUUCAGUUAACAGCACACGACAAAUGAAAGAAGCUGCGUUUGAGAAAAUUACCCGACAAGAUGCGAUAGAUGAAAGAGCCAACCAGUUACGAUGGCAAGUUCAUCUUGGUGAAGAUCCGAUAAGUGACGAGGCGCGAGUGGAUGUUGUGGAACAAAGGAACCUUGCGUUGGAGGAUUACAAAUAUAUGAAGAUGAUGAAUCCGCGUAAGAACCAAGAGUUGGUGAGGUCAAAGUCGAAGAAAAUAUUCAGAAGAACUUUGCGUCGUGCUAACAAGGAACCUGAGGCAUCACCCCAGUUUGAUUUAUACAAGAACAAAUCAUGGACAGUGAGACAUCGGGCACUUGCACGGUUCCAACAAGCAGCACGCACUAUACUUAUACGAUGUCGCGCUGAUAAAAAAGUUGUCAUGCUGAGGAAACUUGUGGAGGAUUUUGGGAAAGGAUUAAUACCUUCUGAGCUUCCACUUGCAACAAGUAGUAAGCAACUUACAACAGGAAUGUCUCCUUUCCAGGUGGAAGCGCAUGACCACGGAGCAACUACAGGCUCAGACACAAGCAGGGAACUUCUCAUCAACUUUACCCCAAACCAAGUUAAACCGUUCACAUUCCCUGUGUACGUUUCACCGGAUACCAAGGAAGAUAUUGCUCCAGAUGCAUUAGGUGAAGUUCCAAUUGACCAAACAGAAGUUGCAGCGAAACGAAACAUUCCAUUCCAUGAUCUGGUGGUGCCACGUUAUUAUGAACUAGCUGGAUACAAACGACAUAACGUUGACGAUGCGUUGAACAAUUAUGUUUCACCUGGGUUGGCACGACAACUAAGGACAGGAGCUGAGGAUGAAAUAAUUCAAGUGAUUCUACCCUCGAAACAAAACAAUGGAGGAAGUGAUUCAAAAAUGAUAGAUGAUGAAACAAGUGAGAUGUUGCUUACUGAGGAACACGAGCCAACCAGCGGUCUCAUACCUCCAGCAGGAUUGUUCAAGAAUCCAUCUUAUCAUAAACUUCAUGUGUUUAAUCCUGUGCCUGGUUUAUCCCAACAUUACAUUCCAUUACAACACAGUGAAGUUGAUCAGAGUUACCAUCUCUGUCCAAUACCAAGAUACAACCAAUUACCAGCAGCCAAGAAAUUUAUCGAUCGUGAGGAUGUGAUCAAAGGAAUUAUGAGUUGGAAGAAAUUUUCCUCGCACGGGCUCGCUGCUUUAUCAACCACACCCACUUUAUCCGAUGUGUGGCUGCCACGAUGGAGCGACAAUUUUAGUCAAGCCAUGUUACCAAGUGAAACACCUCGGUUAUUAAAUCAACUUCCACAAGACGAUCAAAUGUUUCUAACUGAGGAAGAAGAAGAAAUAAAUGUGAUUUCACCGGAAAUGAUCGCUGCUCAGUUUGCCAUGGAAGAACAACUAAGGUCCGAGGUUGAGGAAGAUGGAAACAAAGUAGAUGAAUUUCCAAACUCAUCAAAACUCCCAACAAACAACAUUGGUAUUUCAACUCUUGGACCAACAUCAAGGGAAGGCAGACAAAGAGAUCUUGAAGUUUUCAUUCAAAACAAAUUUGACAAACUUGGUGGAAGAAUGCUGGAGCAAGUUACAAAGACAGGGUUGAAUGAAUUGUAACGAGGGGUUUAACAGAUUUUAUGAGUUGUUUGUAUAAACAAUAUUUUGCUGAUAAAUAAAUUUAUUUUUGCACUUGAAA